AGCUAGAGCACGAUAGAGAGAGAGUGAGGUACAGGCAGGAACAGUACAUGCGCGCGAGAGAGAGAGACACAGAGAGAGAGACAGGGAGAGAGAGGGAGGGAGUAGUGGAGCUGCACGCUGAACGAGACAGAUCAGAAGCACAGGGAGGGACUUUUCCUGAACAAGAGGGAGGACUGAGUGAGCUGUCUGGGAGUUGGGAAAGCGACAGAAGCAGCAGUAAAGACAGGAGAGUGACACCUCCUAUUCCCCCCACUCGCCCUCCUCUUCCCAGCCGAUACGUCUAGGAUACGAGAGGGAUUCCUGCCAGUCGGACCGGGGCGAGCUGAAGGAAGGAUUAAGUUUGGGACUUUGCCUGGAGUCGGAGGGGCCAACACGCUGAGAUCAUCCUGAGACGAGGGGACAGGGUGCCACCGGUGGAGAGGCAUUGAUAUAACAAACAAAAACAACACGCGCGCACACACACACCCACAUACGCACACGCUCACCACCGAGGCUGAGUCCUGCAUGCUCGCUCAGCAAGGACUCCCGCUGCCAAAACUCCCCCCUCCAGCGAUCCUGACUAUCGAUCCGCCCAGCUCCGGACUGCCUGCCUGCCUGCCUGCGCGGACGCUGCUCCUGUCGGUCGCCCCCGACAACCGCGCGACCGACAAACCGAGCACAUGACUGCGCUAACCCGAGCGGACAGAAUGCUGACUUCUCUCAAUCCGCCCCACACUCGCGCUCAAAGCAGGGUCUGCGGAAGCUAGUGCAGAGCUCAAUUUGGAAAAAAAAACUUGCCAGGACCUCCUGCCCCCACCCCAAACGAGGACGUCACGACCGGCACGCCGCCGCAGGCUAUCUCACACGUGCAGAGGUCUCCCCGAUCCCUCCCCAGAGGAUGGGGCGAGAGCAGCACCCACACCAGGGGUGACCGCUCCGGAGAGCCCCGAGCCCCAUCUCGCUCGCUCAGACGCCUCCCCCCUGGCUCCAGACCGCGGCCAGAGUGCUCCGUGAGACCGGCCAAACUCCAGCCGACCGGGGCGGCGGCCUGAGGAGCGCUCCGGAGUUUCAGCGCGUGCCGCGUGAGGACGCGCCGGGAACACCCAGCAUGACGGACGCGGAUUCUUCUGGAGGUGUGUACGCCUCGUCGCACUUUGAGUAAUUAAGAGCUGUGAUGUGGAGAGCACGCUCUCCUUUUCUGUGGAAUUACCCAUCCCAUUAUUAGCGUCACACACAUUAACUGCUGGGACCCUGGCCGAUUUGAAAUCACUCUACCGGGAAACUACGUAGUGAUCAUUUUUUUCUCUCAAAAACCUGAAGGGGUGCUUACCCAGUUGUUGAAUUUGAGACUUCAAUUCUUUUUAUAUUCCCAUUUUCUUUUUGCUCUUGAUUGCAUUUUUUUGCACAAUUUCUUGUGGACUACAAAACCUUUCAGCUUUCAUGUUCUCCCCCCAUAUGUACUUCCCCCACAUGUACUCCCAUCUGGAAACUUUUCUCUGAUUUGCUGGACAUCCAGCCCUCUGCUCUGAAUUUAAGACCCUGAGUUAGGGAGAGCCCGGCAGCUCCGUCCAUGCCCGGUAGCGCCGUGGUGCCGGAACGAUGAACGUUGCUCAGGGCGUGGCUGGCCCCCUGAUGGUCAGCUCGAUCCUGCUGCAGCUGGCCGGGGUCAGCGGCUGUCCGUCCAGCUGCCUGUGCACCGCCGACAUCCUGAGCUGCGGGGCCCAGGGCCUGGAGCAGCUGCCCGCCCAGAUGCCCACGUACAUCGCCACGCUGGACUUCAGCCACAACCGGCUGGCGCGGCUGGAGGAGGGCGAGUUCGCGGGGCUGCCCCGCCUCGACGCCCUGCGCAUCGCCCACAACCGGCUCACCCGCAUCUCCCCCGGGGCCUUCCGGAACAGCAGCGGCCUCCGCCACCUGGACCUCUCCUCCAACGAGCUCCACGUGGUGGAGCAGCACUACUUCCUGGAGCUGGUGGGGCUGGAGGAGCUCUUGCUCUUCAACAACCGCAUCACCCGGGUGGAGAGCAAGGCGCUGACGGGCCUCAGCAGCCUGCGCAAAGCCUACUUCAGCCACAACCGCCUCACCGACUUCCCCUUCUUCUCCAUCCAGGAGCACAGCCACCCCUCGCUCCACACGCUGGACCUCUCCUCCAACCGCAUGCCCAAGCUGCCGCUGGAGGACAUCGCGGCGCUGCCGGCCGCCGUGCAGAGCGGGCUGUUCCUGCACAACAACACGCUGAUCUGCGAGUGCGCCAUGUACGCCAUGUUCCGGCGCUGGGAGCAGAGGGGCUACGGCUCGGUGCGGGACUACCGGGAGGAGCACACCUGCCUGGUGUACGGGGAGCGCCGCGCCUCCGUGCGCUUCUUCCAGCACUCCCGCUUCUUCCAGAACUGCUCGGCCAAAGUGCAGAGCCUGCCGGGCGAGCCGGCGCUCAGCCUGCUGGCCUACGAGGGCGACUCGGUGCUGCUGGACUGCCGCACGUCCUUCGGGAGAGGGCGCGGGAGGCGCCAGCAGCUGUCCUACCUGUGGGUGUCGCCUGACCAGGAGUACGUGGUGCCGCCGGGUAACAACGGCUCGCUGCGCAUGUUCGCCAACGGCAGCCUGCAGAUCGUGGCGGCCCGGCGGCAGGACUCGGGCGUGUACCUGUGCAUGGCGCUGGACCGCCGGCAGCCGCCCGCCAACGAGUCGCGGGAGGUGAACGUGACGGUGGUGGCGCGGCACGGCGAGGACGAGUCCUUCAACACGGGCUUCACCACGCUGCUGGGCUGCGUGGUCAGCCUGGUGCUGGUGCUCAUGUACCUGUACCUGACGCCCUGCCAGUGCUGGUGCCGCCGGCGCCCGCCGGCCCCGCCGCCGCCCGCCGCCGCGCACAGCCCCGGCAACGAGUGCAGCGCCCAGUCGUCCAUCCUGACCCCGACCCCGCCCGCCACCACCGAGGGCCCGGGCCGCAAGGCCAGCGGCAACAGCAAGCACGUGGUCUUCCUGGAGCCCAUCAAGGAGGUGCAGAACGGGCGGCUGAGGGCCACGCUGGCCAUCCCCCCGGACCACCCGAAACUCCAGCAUCCGCGGGGGGACACGGACUCCAUCACCUCCGUCUUCUCGGACACACCCAUCGUGCCGUAGCUGCGCCGCCC